GGCGGGCUCGCAGCGGAGCCCGCGGCUCCCGGUCCCCGCCGCUGCUGCGCCUUUAACGCGGCGGCCCCGCUGCUUCCCCCGCGGCACCGGCGGCGGCGGCGGCGGCGCUCGGCGAUGGCGGAGUCCGGCGGGGCCGAGUUCGGCGCGGAGCGGCCGAGCAGCAUGGCUGACAAGAACAGCACCCUGAAAUGCACGUUCUCUGCUCCUGGCCACAGCACCACGCUGCUGCAGGGACUGGCCUCGCUCCGAGCCCAGGCUCAGCUGCUUGAUGUCAUCCUCACUAUAAAUAAUGAAGUGUUUCAGGUUCAUAAAGUUGUCUUGGCUGCCUGCAGUGACUAUUUCAGGGCCAUGUUCACGGGCGGGAUGAGAGAAGCCAGCCAGGACGUGAUCGAGCUCAAAGGCGUGUCCGCCAAGGGCCUGAAGCACAUCAUCGACUUCGCCUACAGCGCCGAGGUCACCCUGGACCUCGACUGCAUCCAGGACGUGCUGGGAGCCGCCGUCUUCCUGCAGAUGGUGCCGGUGGUGGAGCUGUGCGAGGAGUUCCUCAAGUCGGCCAUGAGCGUGGAGACGUGCCUCAACAUCGGCCAGAUGGCCACCACCUUCAGCCUGGCCUCCCUCAAGGAAUCCGUGGACGCCUUCACCUUCAGGCACUUCCUGCAGAUCUCCGAGGAGGAGGAUUUCCUCCACCUGCCCCUGGAGCGCCUGGUGUUCUUCCUGCAGAGCAACAAGCUCAAGAGCUGCAGCGAGAUCGAGCUGUUCCGCGCCGCCGUGCGCUGGCUGCAGUUUGAGCCCGCGCGCCGCGCCAGCGCCAGCCAGGUGCUCUGCCACAUCCGCUUCCCGCUCAUGAAGUCCUCGGAGCUGGUGGACAGCGUGCAGACCCUGGACAUCAUGGUGGAGGACGUGCUGUGCCGCCAGUACCUGCUGGAGGCCUUCAACUACCAGAUCCUGCCCUUCCGGCAGCACGAGAUGCAGUCGCCGCGCACGGCCAUCCGCUCGGACGUGCUGUCCCUCGUCACCUUCGGCGGCACGCCCUACACCGACAACGACCGCACCGUCAGCUCCAAGGUCUUCUGCCUGCCCGACGCCGGCGGGCGCCAGUUCCGCGAGCUGACCGAGAUGGAGGUGGGCAGCAGCCAUUCCUGCGUGGCCGUGCUGGACAACUUCGUCUACCUGGUAGGAGGGCAGCAGCUGCAGUACCGCAGCGGGGAGGGCGCCGUGGACGUUUCCUACCGCUACGACCCCCACCUCAACCAGUGGCUUCGCAUCCAGGCCAUGCAGGAGAGCAGGAUCCAGUUCCAGCUCAACGUCCUGCGAGGGAUGGUUUACGCCACGGGCGGCCGCAACCGCUCGGGCAGCCUGGCCUCGGUGGAGAAGUACUGCCCCAAGGACAACGAGUGGAGCUACGUGUGCUCCCUGAAGCGCAGGACGUGGGGCCACGCCGGGGCCACGGUGGGUGACAAGCUCUACAUCUCGGGGGGCUACGGCAUCUCCGUGGAGGACAAGAAGGCCCUGCACUGCUAUGACCCCGCCGCCGAUCAGUGGGAGUUUAAGACGCCCAUGAACGAGCCCAGGGUGCUGCACGCCAUGGUCAGUGCCAGCGGAAGGAUUUACGCCCUGGGAGGCCGCAUGGACCACGUGGAUCGGUGUUUUGAUGUCCUGGCCGUGGAAUAUUACGUCCCCGAGACGGACCAGUGGACCACGGUGAGCCCGAUGCGCACGGGGCAGUCGGAGGCCGGCUGUUGCCUCCUGGAAAAAAAGAUUUACAUCGUGGGGGGCUACAACUGGCACCUGAACAACGUGACCAGCAUCGUGCAGGUCUACAACACCGAGACGGACGAGUGGGAGAGGGACUUGCACUUCCCAGAGUCUUUUGCUGGCAUCGCCUGUGCCCCCGUCAUCCUCCCGCAGGUGACGAGCCAGAGGUGACUCCGGGGGACUCGGCUGGGGGAGAGGGAAGGACAGAACAGCUCCAGAAAGUUCCUGCUGGGGAGUCCCUCAAGCCGGUUCCAUCAGCCAGCAGGGCAGACUGAGCAGAUGUUACAGCUGGGAAAAGCUUUUCUCUCCUCUCUCAGCCUUUUUUUUGGCGGGGGGUGCAUUUUGCCAAUUUUUCGUAUUUUUAACGGUGCCAUGCACUGCAAACACUGGCAGCUCAGGAGUCACUCAGCACUGGGGUCUUGUUUCCAAGAGAUCAGGUGAGGGUUUUUAUCAAUAGCUCCAAAAAUAAAAAUCAUCGUUCGUCGCUUUGUUGGUUUUUUAGCAAACAAACAAACAAAAAAAAACCAAAACCUGUGUAACACACUGACCUCCAGAAGCAAUAAAAGGACAGAGGGAGCUACAAGAGCUCAGGUGCUUGGAUUGGGAAGGCAGAUCCCUGUUUUUCAAAGGUGACUUUUCCUUUUUUUUUUCCCUUCCUGAAAAAGGGAAUAUUUAUCCCUGCACACCUCUGGUCUUCACUGCUUGGAUCACGCUGCAGCUCCUCGCCCCCUCCGGCUCCUCUAGUGCAGAAAUUCUCCCUUAAUUGGGGCGUGCAGAGUUUGCAGCACUAAAGCCAUGGUGAAAGCUUGAUUAUAUAUAAACAGGCGUGAUUAUUUGGGUUUAGAAGUGCCAAAAAUUUGUCUGGCCUGGCAAUAAGAGCUCUGCAGUCGUCCAUCAGCGAGGCCAAGAGCUCCUGCAGAUUCUGGGUCGGGGUUUUCACCUCUCCCAACACCUUCAUCCCAACUCUUCCUCCAGUAAAGGAGGUGGGUGCUACUCCUUCAGCAGCUGGAAGGUUUUCUUCCCUGCCAUGUGGAUGAGCUGCUUGGCAUCCCGAAAUGAUGGGAGUCCCAGUGGAAAUGUGGUUUUGUUGUUGUGGUGGUAUUUUAAAUCGAGAGGUUGGUUUAAGAUGGGUCUGUCAUUUUUGUGAAAUCUUCACUGCACAGAACACUUCCUGAACUUUCCUCUCCUCCAAGCCAUUUUCCUUAUUUAAUUUGAUGAAUGAAUUGCAAAAAUCUCUGCUUUUAUCAGGAAUUCUGUUUCCAAGGGCUUUGUUUUGUAUCUGUGUCAGCUUGAUUUGGAUGCACACGGUCUCCUUUUGUAGAGAAGCUGUUGCAUUCUGCUCUGAAAUAAAUCCUGGGCUGCAACCUUUAGUGACAA